AUGCCUUACGCCUUAUCUGAAGCUCAUAAGAAAAUGGUCAUGUCUCACUUAAGUGAAACUGACCCAGAAUUAGAACAAAUCAUCAAAGCUGAAAUCGACAGACAAAAGCAUUCUAUCGUCUUAAUCGCAUCUGAAAAUUUCACCUCGACAUCUGUCUUUGAUGCCUUAGGUACUCCAUUAUCUAACAAAUAUUCUGAAGGUUAUCCAGGUGCCCGUUACUAUGGUGGGAAUGAACAAAUUGACAAAAUUGAAUUAUUAUGUCAAGCAAGAGCCCUAAAGGCUUUCAACUUAACUGCUGAUAAAUGGGGUGUCAAUGUUCAAACUUUAUCAGGUUCUCCAGCCAACUUACAAGUCUACCAAGCUAUCAUGAGACCUCAUGAUAGAUUAAUGGGUCUUUACUUACCAGAUGGUGGUCAUUUGUCCCACGGUUAUGCUACUGAAAAUAGAAAAAUCUCUGCUGUGUCCACUUAUUUCGAAUCAUUCCCAUACAGAGUCAACCAAGAAACCGGUAUCAUCGAUUACGACACAUUAGAACAAAACGCCAUCUUAUACAGACCAAAAGUCCUAGUCGCAGGUACCUCCGCAUACUGUCGUUUGAUCGAUUACAAGAGGAUGAGAGAAAUUGCUGACAAGUGUGGUGCUUACUUGAUGGUCGACAUGGCCCACAUUUCCGGUUUGAUCGCUGCCGGUGUCAUCCCAUCUCCAUUUGAAUACGCUGAUAUCGUUACCACUACCACUCAUAAGUCAUUGAGAGGUCCUCGUGGUGCUAUGAUCUUCUUCAGAAGAGGGUUGAGAUCCGUCAAUGCAAAGACUGGUAAGGAAAUUUACUACGAUUUGGAAAACCCAAUUAAUUUCUCCGUGUUCCCUGGUCAUCAAGGUGGUCCACAUAACCAUACCAUUGCUGCCUUGGCUACUGCUUUGAAACAAGUUGAUACUCCAGAAUUCAAAGAAUAUCAACAAUUGGUCGUCAAGAACGCUAAAACUUUGGAAUUGGAAUUCAAGAAGUUAGGUUACAAGUUGGUUUCUAACGGUACUGAUUCGCAUAUGGUUUUAGUUUCUUUGAGAGAACAAGGCAUCGAUGGUGCCCGUGUCGACUACGUUUGUGAUAAGGCUAACAUUGUCUUGAACAAAAACUCUAUCCCAGGUGAUAAAUCUGCUUUAGUUCCAGGUGGUAUCCGUAUUGGUGCGCCAGCUAUGACAACUAGGGGUAUGGGUGAAGAAGAUUUCCAAAAGAUUGCUCAAUACAUCGAUAAAGCUGUCCAAUUGGCCAAAGAAGUUCAACAAUCUUUACCAAAGGAUGCUAAUAAAUUAAAGGAUUUCAAAGCUAAGAUCGAUGAAGGUUCUGAUGUCAUAACAAACAUUAAACAAGAAAUUUACCAAUGGGCUGGUGAAUAUCCCUUAGCUGUGUAA